AUGAGUUCGACAAAAUCGGAUGUUCAUUGUACUGGGUGCGAAGAAGACACAUAUCUGUUUACAGAGGAAUACGAUCGUCCUAAAGAGAGAUGGGCACCCCUCGGUGCAAAUGCUAGUCCUGAACCUGGUCACCAUAACUUUGAUGAGUCUAGGAUGAACACUGAUUUUGCUGGAGAGUCAGAAAUGUCACGUUUAAUGCUGGAAAAUGAACAACUUAACAACUCGUUGGUGGCCCUAACCUCCCACAUUGCCCAGGUGCAAUUCCGUCUAGGACAAGUAUUGAAUGCGGAAGGUGACAAUAGAGAAGCAAUGCUGAAAUCCCUAGAAGAAUAUGCCUCCAGAGGAAUACCUGACUUGCAAUCAUUAACGGAACAGUGUAAACAGUUAUCUUCAGAAUCGAAAGCGUCUACUUCAAACUUUGAUGGAAGACCUCAAAAAUUAAUUGAACAAUUGAGAAGACAUUUAGAUGAUCUUGAAAGGUUUGCAUAUGAGACUGGUGAACAAAGUGAACCGCCUACACAAGCAAUGCUAGAAAAACAACGCUUAGUACUAGAAGGUCUAAGAGAGAAACUUGAACUGAAUAUUUUUAAUUUAGACAAACUUCCAGACGAUGAACUUAAACAGGUUGUUGAAAAUGCUGUAAAUCAAUUUUUAAAUCCCGUUAAAGUUAAUGAGAAACUUGUGGAACAGUUAAAACCCAAGUGA